AUGGCUGGGUGCGCAAUAAAAAGCAUUUAUUGCAUGGGUAGUGACCAGUCGUGCCGACAUGUGAUGCUAUGCUACAGUGCUAAUGUUUCCAAAUCCCUGAUCUCAUGGACAAAGACAGCUCUUUCUGUGUUUAUUAAGAAACAAACUUUGACCUGGGGGUACGAAGAGCAAGAGAGCUUCAUGAAAGCAGGAUGUGGAACUUGUAAAAUUAGAACUGGCGAAGACAUGUAG